AUUUUUACUCACCCUUCUUGAAGUCGCCGUAGCUAUAAUUCAAGCCUACGUGUUUGUUCUUCUAUUAACCCUUUACUUACAAGAAAACGUUUAAUGACCCAUCAAGCACACCCCUACCACAUAGUUGACCCUAGCCCUUGACCUUUGACAGGCGCAAUCGCCGCUUUACUAAUGACAUCAGGUUUAGCAACCUGAUUCCACUUCCAAUCCACAACCUUAAUAAGCCUGGGAAUAGCCCUCCUUCUCCUAACGAUAUAUCAGUGAUGACGAGACAUUGUACGGGAAGGCACCUUUCAAGGACACCACACACCCCCAGUACAAAAAGGCCUUCGCUACGGUAUAAUUCUAUUCAUUACUUCUGAAGUUUUCUUUUUCCUAGGGUUUUUCUGAGCUUUUUACCACGCUAGUCUUGCCCCUACACCAGAACUCGGAGGUUGCUGACCUCCAACCGGUAUUACUACCCUAGACCCCUUUGAAGUCCCUCUUCUAAACACUGCAGUUCUUCUUGCAUCUGGAGUUACAGUUACAUGAGCCCACCAUAGCAUUAUAGAAGGUGAACGUAAACAAACCAUUCAAUCCCUCGCCUUAACUAUUCUUCUUGGGUUCUACUUCACCUUUCUUCAAGGCAUGGAGUACUAUGAAGCCCCCUUUACAAUUGCAGACGGGGUUUAUGGCUCUUCCUUCUUUGUUGCCACAGGCUUUCAUGGUCUACAUGUCAUUAUUGGCUCUUCAUUUUUAGCUGUUUGUUUCCUACGUCAAAUUCGUCAUCACUUCACAGCUGAGCACCACUUCGGAUUCGAGGCAGCUGCUUGAUACUGACAUUUCGUAGACGUUGUGUGACUUUUCCUAUAUAUCUCUAUCUACUGAUGAGGAUCUUAAUCUUUCUAGUACAGCUUAGUAUAAGUGACUUCCAAUCACCCGGUCUUGGUUAAAAUCCAAGGAAAGAUAAUGAACUUAGUAACAACUGUGGUCUCAAUUACAGCCGCACUUUCUGUCGUAUUAGCCCUGGUAUCCUUCUGACUACCACAAAUAACCCCUGACCAUGAAAAACUCUCCCCUUAUGAAUGUGGCUUUGACCCUCUAGGCUCCGCCCGUCUUCCUUUCUCCCUACGAUUCUUCCUAGUGGCUAUCCUUUUCCUCCUCUUUGACCUAGAAAUUGCCCUUCUCCUUCCAUUACCAUGGGGAGACCAAUUAGCCUCCCCCCUUUUUACAUUUUUGUGAGCAACAGCAGUUCUUACCCUCCUAACAUUAGGUCUCAUCUACGAGUGAAUGCAAGGAGGCCUAGAAUGAGCUGAAUAGGAAGUUAGUUUAAGAAAAACCUUUGAUUUCGGCUCAAAAACUUGUGGUUAAAGUCCACAACUGCCUAAUGACUCCUGUUCACUUUGCUUUCUCUUCGGCUUUCAUAUUGGGCCUUACUGGCCUGGCCUUUCAUCGAACCCACCUACUAUCCGCCCUUCUCUGCCUUGAAGGAAUAAUAUUAUCUUUAUUUAUUGCCCUAUCUCUCUGAACCCUACAAUUAGACUCAACAAACUUCUCGGGGGCCCCUAUGCUUCUUCUGGCCUUCUCAGCUUGUGAAGCAAGUGCAGGUCUUGCCCUUCUAGUCGCUGCUGCACGAACACAUGGGACAGAUCACCUCCAAAACCUCAACCUGCUACAAUGCUAAAAAUUCUAAUUCCAACCCUUAUGCUAAUCCCAACGACAUGACUAACAAAACCAAACUGACUGUGACCUUCAACACUAGCCCACAGCCUUCUCAUCGCCGUGUUUAGCUUAACAUGAUUUGCUAACAUAAGUGAAACGGGCUGAACUAGCCUUAACUAUUACCUGGCCACCGACUCCCUAUCAACCCCACUUCUUGUUCUCACUUGCUGAUUGCUCCCACUCAUAAUUAUUGCUAGUCAAAACCACACAGCUGCUGAACCCUGCAAUCGCCAACGAGUUUAUAUUACCCUACUAACAUCCCUCCAAAUUUUCCUUAUCCUAGCAUUUGGCGCUACUGAGAUCAUCAUGUUCUACGUCAUGUUCGAAGCCACUCUAAUCCCCACCCUUGUAAUUAUUACACGAUGAGGGAACCAAACAGAACGUCUAAACGCAGGUGUAUAUUUUCUAUUUUAUACCCUCGCAGGCUCCUUACCCCUUCUCGUUGCCCUUCUUCUACUUCAGAACAGCGCGGGAACGCUAUCCUUAUUAACCAUCCAAUACUCAGACCCCUUUCAUCUUUCUACUUUCGCGGACAAACUAUGGUGAGCAAGUUGCCUUCUCGCAUUCCUUGUAAAAAUGCCAUUGUACGGAGUACAUCUUUGGCUCCCAAAAGCACAUGUAGAGGCCCCAGUUGCUGGUUCUAUAAUUCUGGCUGCCGUACUUCUAAAACUUGGGGGUUACGGAAUAAUCCGCAUAAUUCCCAUCCUUGACCCUUUAACCAAAGAAUUAGGUUACCCCUUCAUCAUCUUUGCCCUCUGGGGGGUGGUAAUAACCGGGUCUAUUUGCCUCCGGCAAACAGACCUAAAAUCACUAAUCGCCUACUCUUCAGUCAGUCACAUAGGUCUAGUUGUAGCAGCUAUUCUUAUUCAAACCCCCUGAAGCUUGUCUGGUGCUUUAAUUCUUAUAAUUGCCCACGGACUUGCAUCCUCCGCUCUCUUUUGCCUGGCUAACACAAACUAUGAACGGACACACAGCCGUACAUUAUUACUAGGUCGAGGACUGCAAAUAGCCCUCCCUCUAAUAACAACAUGAUGGUUCAUUGCAAGCCUUGCAAACCUUGGAUUACCCCCACUUCCAAACCUUAUAGGAGAAUUAAUAAUUAUUACUUCACUAUUUAGUUGGUCCUGAUGAACUCUCGCCCUAACUGGCGCAGGCACUUUAAUUACUGUCAGCUACUCUCUUUAUAUGUUCAUUAUAACUCAGCGGGGACCUCUUCCCGCACAUAUAAUUGCUUUAGACCCCUCCCACACUCGGGAACACCUAAUCAUGGCCCUACACCUUAUCCCCCUCCUUCUGCUUGUACUUAAGCCCGAAUUGGUCUGAGGCUGAGCCACAU